AUGCGAAACUGGCUGGUGCUGCUGGGCCCGUGCGUGCUCGGGGCGGCGCUGCACCUCUGGCUGCGGCUGCGCUCCCCGCCGCCCGCGGGCGCCUCCGCCGCGGCCCCCGCAGAUCCACCAGCCUCGUUUCCUCCGGGGAAAGACAGCCACUAUGACCUGGUAGUUGGUGUGUUGUCAGCCCGCCAUAACCAUGAACUUCGAGACGUGAUCCGGAGCACCUGGCUGAGGCACUCCCGCCAGCACCCCGCCCUCAGCCAGCGGGUGCUGGUCAAGUUCAUCAUCGGCGCCCGGGGCUGCGAGGUGCCCGUGGAGGACCGGGAGGACCCCUUCUCCUGCCGGCUGCUCAACAUCUCGGACCCCGUCCUGAACCAGGAGAUCGAGGCCUUCACGUUCCCGGAGGACGCGCCCGCGGGCUCCUCCGAGGACCGCGUGGUGAGUGUGAGCUUCCGCGUGCUGCACCCCAUCGUGAUCACCAGCCUCGGGGUGCUGGGCGGCGCGGGCGCCGGGGGCUUCCAGAGGAACAUCACCGUCCGGCUGUACCAGGCCGAGCAGGAGGAGGCCCUCUUUGUGGCGCGCUUCAGCCCCCCGAGCUGUGGGGUGCAGGUGAGCCGGCUGUGGUACAAGCCCGUGGAGCAGUUCGUCCUUCCCGAGAGCUUUGAAGGCACCAUCGUGUGGGAGAGCCAGGACCGGCAGGGGCUGGAGGCCAGAGCGCUCGGCAGCGUGGCAGUCCACGACGGGGGCGGCGUGCUCCGGGUCACCGCGGCCGGGGAGGGUGCGUGGCCCCCGGAGCCCACGGAAGGAGUGGUGGGCGUAGCCGGCGGCUUCAUCUACACGAUUCAGGAAGGCGAUGCUCUCCUCCGAAACCUCCGCUCGCGCCCCGGCCGCCGCGCCGAGCACCUGCGGAGCCUCCGCGCCGAGGACGCCUCGCUGCGGGCGGAGAGCGGCCGCCACGGCGACAUUGUCUUCGUGGACGUGGUGGACACCUACCGGAACGUGCCCGCCAAGCUGCUCCGCUUCUACCAGUGGACCGUGCGAGCCACCAGCUUCGAUCUGCUGCUCAAGACGGACGACGAUUGCUACAUCGACCUGCAGGCCGUGCUCCGCAGGCUCGCCCGGGGCUCGCUGCGGGGCCCGAGCCUCUGGUGGGGCAAUUUCAGGCUCAACUGGGCCGUGGACCGGACGGGGAAGUGGCAGGAGCUGGAGUACCCCAGCCCCGCGUACCCCGCCUUCGCCUGCGGCUCGGGGUACGUGGUCUCCCGGGACAUUGUGCACUGGCUGGCCGGCAACGCGGACCGGCUGAAGACCUACCAGGGUGAAGAUGUGAGCAUGGGCAUAUGGAUGGCGGCCAUCGGACCUAAGAGAUACCAGGACAGCCUGUGGCUGUGCGAGAAGACCUGCGAGACGGGCAUGCUGUCCUCCCCGCAGCACUCCCCGCGGGAGCUCGCCCACCUGUGGAGGCUGAAGGAGCGGUGCGGGGACCCUUGUCAGUGUGAGGCCGGGUGA